AUGAGUGGGGUCCUGGGCGCCAGGACCUGUCCAGGCCCGGGAGAGGCUUCUGACCUUAAGUACCCCCUGGGCGCCAAGCUCAGGGAACCGCUCACCGAGGCCCGGUUCCAGCAGCUCUUCGGGGGCGCGGAGCAGCCACCGGAGCUGCUGGCCGAGCGCGCCUGGCCCGGGCUGCGCGGGCCGUGGAGGCGGCGGGCCCGCGCGUGCUCCGGUCCGGGGGCGUGGCGGCUGCUGCUGGCGCGGCUGCCCCUGAAGUGGCUGCCCCGCUACCGCUGGCGGGCCUGGCUGCUCGGGGACGCGCUGGCGGGAGUGACCGUGGGCGUCGUGCACGUGCCCCAGGGCAUGGCCUUCGCCCUUCUGACCUCGGUGCCGCCAGUCUUCGGGCUCUACACGUCCUUCUUCCCGGUCCUCAUGUACACCCUGCUGGGCACUGGGCGACACCUCUCCACUGGAACCUUCGCGGCGCUCAGCCUCAUGACGGGCGCGGCCGUGGAGCGGCUGGUGCCGGAGCCCCUCGGGGGCAACCUGAGCGGAACCGAGCGGGAGCACUUGGACGCCCGGCGGGUCGGGGCGGCCGCGGCGCUGGCCUUCGGGAGCGGGGCGCUCAUGCUGGGCAUGUUCGCGCUGCGGCUCGGCGUCCUGUCCACCUUCCUGGCCGAGCCCGUGGUCAAGGCGCUGACCAGCGGGGCCGCGCUGCACGUGCUCGUGUCCCAGCUGCCCAGCCUUUUGGGGCUGCCCCUCCCGCGGCAGGUCGGCUGCUUCGCCCUCUUCAAGACGCUGGCCGCCGUGCUGACCGCGCUGCCCCAGAGCAGCCCCGCCGAGCUGGCCGUCUCCGCGCUCAGCCUGGCGCUGCUGGUGCCGGUCAAGGAGCUGAACGUGAGGUUCCGGGACAGACUGCCCACCCCCAUCCCGGGCGAGAUCGUCAUGGUGCUCCUGGCCUCCGCGCUCUGCUUCACCUCCUCGCUGGACUCGAGAUACAACGUCCAGAUAGUGGGGCUGCUGCCCGCGGGAUUUCCCCGCCCCCGCCUCCCCAGCCUGGCUGAGCUGCCCGGGAUUCUGGCCGACGCGCUGCCCAUGGCGCUGGUCACUUUCGCCGUGUCCGUCUCCCUGGCCUCCAUCUACGCAGACAAGUACAGCUACGCUGUCGACUCCAACCAGGAGCUCUUGGCACACGGUGUCUCCAACCUCCUCUCGUCUCUCUUCUCUUGCUUCCCCAACUCGGCCACCUUGGCCACAACCAGCUUGCUAGUGGAUGCUGGGGGCAACACACAGCUGGCAGGCCUCUUCUCCUGCGCUGUGGUCCUGUCGGUGAUGCUGUGGCUGGGGCCCUUCUUCUACUACCUGCCCAAGGCCGUCCUGGCUUGCAUCAACAUCUCCAGCAUGCGCCAGAUGUUCUUCCAGAUGCGGGAACUGCCACAGCUGUGGCGCAUCAGUCGCCUGGACUUCGCUGUGUGGCUGGUCACCUGGGUGGCUAUCGUGACCCUGAGCGUGGACCUGGGCCUGGCCGUGGGCGUGGUCUUCUCUAUGAUGACCGUGGUCUGCCGGACCCAGAGGGCGAAGUGCCUGGCACUGGGACUGGCCGAGGGGACGGAGCUCUACAGGCCGCUCAGAGAGAGCCGCAAGCUGCUCCAGGUCCCGGGGCUCUGCAUCCUGAGCUACCCCGCGCCGCUCUACUUCGGGACCCGAGGGCGGUUUCGCCGCGUCCUGGAGCAGCACCUGGGGCUGGGAGAAGGGCCAGGCCAGACUCUGAAGACGGACGGCCCGCCCGCGGCAGCUGCGCCGCCAGUCAGAGCGCUGGUCCUGGACUGCGGAGGCGUCCCCUUCGCUGACGCUGCGGGGGCCAGAGAGGUGGUGCAGCUGGCCGGCAGGUGCCGAGAGGCGGGGAUCCGCCUCCUCCUGGCUCAGUGCAACGCCUCGGUGCUGGGCACCCUGACCCAGGCGGGACUGCUGAACAGAGUGACCCCAGAACAGCUGUUUGUGAGCGUGCAGGACGCAGCUGCUCACGCCCUGGACACGCUGGAGCUCACUGGCCCAAAGACUUGCACAGUGUGGGUCUGACCUGGUCACUUGGAGUGUGAAGGGCACAGGACGCGUGCGUGAGGGGGGCCGCGCCCCGGAGCCCGCUUACUUAGUGUGACUAAUAAAAUGAAGCUGAGAGCCGCUGGGGUGCAUGAAGU